GCCGGCUUGACAUGCAGAAGCCGCGGCUGGGGAGGCUGGGGCUGCGGUGGCGGCGGGCGGCGGGCCUCGGGGCGCAGAGUGACACGGCCUAGCGGGGCGGACGGCCGAACGGACGCGGGCAGCCAGCCUGGCCCGCCAUGGAGAUGGAGAAGGAGUUCGAACAGAUCGACAAGGCCGGGAACUGGGCGGCCAUUUACCAGGAUAUUCGACAUGAAGCCAGUGACUUCCCAUGCAGAGUGGCGAAACUUCCUAAGAACAAAAACCGGAACAGGUACCGAGAUGUCAGCCCCUUUGAUCACAGUCGGAUUAAAUUGCACCAGGAAGACAAUGACUACAUCAAUGCCAGUUUGAUAAAAAUGGAGGAAGCCCAGAGGAGUUAUAUUCUCACCCAGGGCCCUUUGCCAAACACAUGUGGGCACUUCUGGGAGAUGGUGUGGGAGCAGAAGAGCAGGGGUGUGGUCAUGCUCAACCGCAUCAUGGAGAAAGGCUCGUUAAAAUGUGCCCAGUAUUGGCCACAGAAAGAAGAAAAAGAGAUGGUCUUUGAUGACACAAACCUGAAAUUGACCCUGAUCUCUGAAGAUGUCAAGUCAUAUUACACAGUGCGACAGUUGGAGUUGGAAAACCUGGCCACCCAGGAGUCCCGGGAGAUCCUGCAUUUCCACUACACCACGUGGCCUGACUUUGGAGUUCCUGAGUCGCCUGCCUCCUUCCUCAAUUUCCUUUUUAAAGUCCGAGAGUCAGGUUCACUCAGCCCGGAGUAUGGCCCCGUCGUGGUACACUGCAGUGCUGGCAUCGGCAGGUCGGGGACCUUCUGUCUGGCUGACACCUGCCUCUUGCUGAUGGACAAGAGGAAAGACCCCUCUUCUGUGGAUAUCAAAAAAGUGCUUCUGGAGAUGCGCAGGUACCGCAUGGGGCUCAUCCAGACGGCAGACCAGCUGCGCUUCUCCUACCUGGCUGUGAUUGAGGGGGCGAAGUUUAUCAUGGGUGACUCCUCAGUGCAGGAUCAGUGGAAGGAGCUCUCCCACGAGGACCUGGAGCCCCCACCCGAGCACGUCCCCCCACCUCCCCGGCCACCCAAACGCAUCCUGGAGCCUCACAAUGGGAAGUGCAAGGAACUCUUCUCCAAUCACCAGUGGGUGAGCGAGGAGACAUGCGAGAAUGAAGACAGCCUGGCCAGAGAGGAAGGCAGAGACUCCUCACAUGCCAUGCAUAGCAUGAACAGCAUGAGUCAAGACACUGAAGUUAGAAAACGGAUGGUGGGUGGAGGUCUUCAAGGUGCCCAGGCAUCUGUUCCCACCAAGGAAGAGCUGUCCCCAGCGGAGGAGGAACAAAAGGCACAAUGGCCAACUCACUGGAAACCCUUCCUGGUCAAUGUGUGCAUGGCCACAGUCCUGGCGACGGGUGCAUAUCUCUGCUACCGGGUAUGUUUUCACUGACAGACCGCAGUGAGGCAUGGAGUGUGGUGGGCACUGCUGCUGCCCAGCUUAGGAUUCGGUCUGCGACGUCUGACCCAGUGUGGGGAACAGCUCGCAAGCCUGCGGUGGAACUGGAAGGGCCAGCCCCAGGAGGGGCGUCAGUGCACUGGGCUUUGCAGGAGCCCCAUGGUCCCAAGAACAGUCUAAUCUCAGGGCCUUAACCUGUUGAGGAGAAGUGGAGGGAAAUGCCAAAUACUCUCACUCACUCGCUCUCACCUCACUCCUUCCCCUUCCUUUCUCUGUCUGUUUGUUUUCGGGGGGAAAUUACAACACAUUGUUGUUUUUAACAUUUAUAAAGGCAGGAUUUUGUUAUUUGUGGGAGGAAAAAAAGACGCUAGGCACCGAUGAGAUUCUUUUGUGCCCUCUGGUGUAAGAUCGGAUCCAUAAUUUACAUUGAUUUCCCAGGGGAAGGAUCCCAAAUGGUCAGGAAUAUAAAGCUCCUGCUGGCUUGGACAGCCGCCAUUGUGUACCCUGAGCUGGCAGGUGCCCCGAAGCCACCCUGCUAUGAGGAGAGCAACAGCACAGGCUGGCUCUAAACAGCAAGGCCAGCUCCGCUUUGCUCAGGUGUCCCUCUGCUACAUUUCCAUUCUUAUCCUUAUCCAUAUGCACGCACGCGCGCACACACACACACACACACACACACACACACACACACACACACACACACACACGUACGUGACCUUGUGACAGCCAUCUUGCUGAUGCCCCAGCCCUCACCACCAUACUCCUUUAAUGGGUUUCCCCCGAGGGGCCUGUCUCGGGGUCAAGUUCACCUUAGAUGGCUGCCAGCAUCAUCCUGCGGCUCUCAUUUCAUUUGGAAAGUAAGCGCCACUGUGGUAGAGCCCACGCUGCUGAGGUGCAAGCAUGACUGAUAGAAGGAGCCUUGGUGUCAUGGAAGCCACUUGGCAGGGCUGUUCCCAACCUCUGAAACAUUCAGUCCUGUCCCAGUGAACAUCCUUGAAGGCAUCAUCAGAUAAUGUUUGCAAAGUACAGAGACUCUCCGGAGUGGUGGUUUUCAGAGGCAGGACUCACAAAACACCACCGAGCGCUUGCCAUGGCUGCUUCCGGACCUGGUGUGGCUGAGGCUGUGGGAAGGUGGGCACUGUGGAUGCAUCCAAGCACGAGCUUUCAUGAGGUUGCUAUCCAGCAGCACAGCUUACCCUCCAGCCUCAGCUGCAGGCCACAGUGGCCAAGGAACGGAGGGCCCUGUCCCGCAGAGCAAGUUGCAAAGGAUGCUUGUUCAGCCAUGCAUCUCUCUUUCUGCCUUUCCCUUGUGCUUCCGCCCCUGGAGUAGUAAGGCCAGUGUGAGGAGUGCAAGGCGAUGGCAGGGGCAGGGCACUGACUGGCUCGAGGCAGCUGAGGCCCCGCCCCUCCCUGGAAACCGCUGCACUCAUAUUUAUUCACCUUUCCCAAAGGUGACCCAACUGCAUGAGCAUGUCAAACUGAUAAUGUCACAUGUCAAGCCUGGUACCCAGGGCUCUGUCAAGUACAGUAUCAGAUCGGUCCUGGGGUUGAGUCAGGAAUGCAAGACUGACAGGGCUGGGGGCCAGGAGCAGGAGCUGUAGGGGAUGGGAGCAGUCUUCAGGGACGUGGAACAGUGUGGCCGUGUGUAAAGGCCCUGUGGCUACUGACAUGAUGUGUGAGGAUGAGGGCUGCGCUUUCUCCCCAUGACCUCGUAGGCCCCGUUCCCAGCCUCAGCUUUCCCUGUGAGUUAGAAAACACAAAGUCUGCCCUGGUGGUGCCAUGUGCUUGACCUGGGGGCUUAGGUGCACACUCACUGUCAGCCCAUGUCCAACCACCUCUGCAUCCUCUGACCAGAUGUGGCUGCUGCUGAGUAGUCACCACUCUGUGUGGGGACAGUGCUGUCCAGUGCAGAUACUGCCUCACUCCUGGCAGGACACUCCAGGCUCCCUGGCCUGCCCCACCGAGCCCCACCACACCUCAGACAUUCCACACUCGCACCUCAUUCCCUGGACACUUAGGCAAGCAGGGCCCUUCCACCCUCUGGAAUCAGCCCUCCAUUCCAAGUUCACACUCUUCUGGAGCAAGCCAGGAUUGGAAGAAGGCGGCGUGUGGGAAGCACUCUCCUGGGAACAGCCUGGGUGACAGUCCCUAGAAUUAGCCCGCUGUCAUCACUGGCCCAGGUCACUUUGCCCAGAGGAGCCACUCUUGAGCCUGGCAGCGAUUGACGAUGGUGCUUACGACUCUUCCUGUGAGGGGAUUUAAGACCUCCACAGUGGGUGGCUUUUUUAAAAUAGAAGCGAAGGCAGCUGGAACUCCAAACUGCCUCUUGCCAGCAUUUCACAUUUUGCCUUUCACCCAGAGAAGCCAGCACAGAGCCACUGGUGGGAGUGGUGGUGGCCUUGCCCGCAGAGCCUGGGGAGGUGGCACAGCCAGGGUCCAGGCUGGGAGCAGUUAGCUGUGGGCUGUGUCUGUAGUCGUGGGGUGUGUACAGUAGCCUUCUAGGUGGAUGUCCUGGAGAACAGGAUUCUCCACCCCGUUGCCUGUGUUGGGGGUAGCAAGCUGCUGUAUGCCUUAAGCCAAUAUUUACUCAGCAGGUCGUACUUUUUUUUUUUUUUUUUUUAAAUGGCCAUGGAAUUAAACCGUUUUUACAAAAAUAAAAACCAACAACAAAAAAGUGUUCCGGUAUAGUACCUUUGCAGGUGUGUGGGGUGGUGCAUGCCCCAGUGGGGUGUCUCAGGGUCUUCUGUGACCUCACAGAACUGUCGGACUGCACCGUUUCCAACUUGCCAUAUCACUAAUGGGUCUGCAUUUUAGUUGCAACAAUAAAUGUUUUUAAAGAAGGUA